CCAGUUUUAUUCGACCUGAGUGCAUUCUGCUGGGGCAGGGUAGGGAGAAGGGGGGGAAAUUUUUGUCUCCGCCCCUUUCCAGGCACAGCUUGUCUUCUUCAUCGUCUUCUUCUGUAAACACACCCAGCUUCAUCAGGGGAAGGAAGAGGCGUAGUUCCAUCCAGUACUUCAAAAACAACUAGAGUUCUAGCCCCAGAAGACAUCUGGAAUCCACCUUCUUACCGUUUCCCUCUUGGUUAGCUGCCUCGCUCCUGACCCUUCAAGCCAGAGCAGUCACUUUUCCAAAAAAAGAGAAGCUGUUGCACUAGGUCUGUGCAUUUCCGGUCACCAUGCAGGCUAUCCUGGGACUCGCCCUCUUCUCUGUGCUUCUAGCCACAGGUGCCACUUUGGAGUGUGAAGAAUGUUCUGGGCAAGGGGAACGCUGUAGUGGCAGAAGGAUCACUUGUCCACAUAAUUCUGAUACCUGUCAAGCUGUUGUGACUGAAACAGGAGGAGUGAUCGACAUUACAAAGAGUUGCAGUACCAGGGCUGUGUGCGCUGAAUUGAAAGCACAAGAAGGGAAGACGAGACAAACUUUAAGUUUUAUUAAGAGAGUUGAAUGCAGCAAGGCCUCUCCUUCAUCUGGAUCCCUCCUCUUGGUUCUCACUGGAUUCCUGCUGAUGAAAGCCUUCCUUUAGUGCAUCUCUUGCUGCAACUGACCCCAAAGAAUGUUUCCUUGUGGCUUACAUGCAUGCAUGCAUCCCACCUUCUAUGGACCCCACCGCGUAGUCUUUCCAAGGGAGAGACUUUUUAAUUUUUGCUUUGCAAAGUGAAUAUUCAUUAAAAAAUAAAUGGAAAAAGAAAUGAAAACCAGA